AUGCGUAAACAGCCGAGCAUUCUGCAACCAAGUAAAACAGCCGUUGUGGGCGAAAAUCUGAAAAAAAGUCCAGAUAGUCUUUCGCCUCUUGAUUCAAUCCUUGGAAGUGUUGGUGCGAGUACGUUGCCUCCGUCCGUUUCUGCUCCAGCACCGCGAAAUCCCAUUGAUCUUUCGGAAUUCCUGCCUACAGCAUCGACUUCUGGAAAGGCGGAAAUUAUGCACAGCACGCCUGAGCCCAGCAAGCCAAGUAGCAUUUCUAUUUGGCCAGAAACAUUCAAAACUGAAGCGAACAAUUUAACACAGGCAGCAGCAGCAACACCAACAGCAUUACAUCCGUCUUACAACAAAAUCAACUUGCCUAGUCCACCAGUUUCACAGAAUCCAGUGAUUCGAAAUGGAUAUGCAUCGGCAACACCGGUGAAAAUAGAUCCCGCUCUAAACUGUUUGUUAUCGAACAAAGCAAAUCGAAAAUCUGCUUUAGAUGAUAUUGUAUGCUUUCCGGAGAAAGUAACCGGUAAAUCAUUGAACGCCAUGUCCACAUACCCCAACCGUAACUCGCAAGUAAAUCAUGUAAAAAAUGAUCCUUUCGGUGAUUUACUGGGAUAA